AUGCUGAAACAAAAUUGGGUCGGUAUCCGUAGAAAGCCGUCCAACAAUGAUACCGUCUCCGGCGAGACCCAAAAGAAGAAGAAUUUUCUCUACCAGUUGGCAUCCCGGUGCGAGUAUUUGCUGGGAAUGACGACGAUCCCUCGCCUUUCCCUAGGAAUGGGGUAUAAGGAGCCCCUCACCGAGGAGUUGGCCCUAGCGACAUAG